UGCGUCAUUGUGGUUAAACCUCAGACCUUAAAAGCUUCUGCAAAACAGACAUUUUCCAGACGUGCCAAAAACAACGUGAAAGUGAAGUUAGCGAUCGAGAACACAGCAGACAGCAGACAGCAGCUCAUCUGUAGUACUACUGUUUUUUCGUAGAAAUCUCAGAGAAGCUCAACAAUGAACACAACUGCGUCUACAACCCUGAUACCUGGGUUGACAGACUAUGAGUAUGAAGAUUCUUCCACAACUAUGGGUGAUUAUGACGAUGGCUCAAUAUGUGACAAAUCAGCAGUGCGAGAGUUUCGAAAGUACUAUGAGCCUGCUCUCUAUUGGAUAAUUGUGAUUCUGGGAGCCAUUGGCAACUUUCUGGUGGUCUGGAUAUACACCCACUUCAAAAACCGGCUGAAGGCGAUGACGGACGUUUAUCUACUGAACCUGGCUCUUGCCGACUUGUUCUUCCUCUGCACUCUGCCCUUUUGGGCAGCCGAUUCCAUCUCUGGUUGGACAUUUGGCUCGCCACUCUGCAAAAUCGUCUCUGCCAUUUAUAAAAUAAACUUCUUCAGCAGCAUGUUUCUACUUACCUGCAUCAGCGUCGACCGCUACAUAGUGAUAGUCCAGACUACCAAAGCGCAGAACUCCAAGAAGGAUCGUCUCCUGUACAGCAAACUCGUCUGCGUGUUAGUCUGGCUCCUGGCGAUCGUGAUGUCCAUCCCAGAGUUUCUCUUCGCUCGUUCGAAAAAGGACGAUCAGGACAAUCACUUUUGCAUGAUGGUUUAUUGGAACAAUGAAAACAAUCGUACGAAAAUACUGGUCCUGGCUCUCCAGAUCUGCAUGGGCUUCUGCAUCCCUCUCAUAGUGAUGAUCUUUUGCUAUGCCAACAUCAUACGCACCUUGCUAAAGACGAGGAGCUUCGAGAAGCACAAGGCCAUGCGGGUCAUCCUGGCAGUUGUGACGGUGUUUAUUAUCUCUCAGCUUCCGUACAACGGCAUGUUGGUCUUGGAAGCCACGCAGGCAGCCAAUAUGACCAUCACAGACUGCAAAGAGGUCCAACGCUUUGACAUCACCGGCCAAAUUUUGAAGAGUCUCGCUUACAUGCACAGCUGCCUAAAUCCGUUCCUCUAUGCCUUCGUUGGAGUGCGUUUCCGAAAAGAUGUCAUUCGACUUUUCCAAAAUUUUGGCUGUAUUCCAAGCUUCAAGAGCCACAAGUUAUCGAGCCACAAGUCGCCACGCCCCUCUAUUAUGUCAGACACAGAUACCACCAAUGCGCUCUCAUUAUGAUCGGUGGCAGAACACUAUCAGUGAGGCUUGCUUAGCGAAAUCGUCUGUUCUGCUGCAGGUGCUUAGCAUCUGAGUUUCAAAGCAGAAGUUUAGGGUUCCAUGGGAGCAUUUUGCAUGCUUGAAAACAUGUUGUCUGGCGAAGGGUGAAGUAACCUGCUCACCACAGUGAAAUAGCUACAGCUCUGACUAUUGCAUAACAAAAGUUCUCUGUUUGACUGGGCCCUUUAAUACAAGUGUCAAAUCCUGAUCAAGUAAUUGUGUUGUUGCAGGGAGAGUGCAUGGAUACUGUUCAAAAUAUUUUUCCAUCUCUUAUUCAGCAUUAAUAUUUUCAGUUCAUCUAAAUGUUGUAUAACAAAAUGAUUUGUCAUGUACAAGCACUGAAUUUCUUCUAAAAGUGUUUAUAUGUUAUAUAUAUAUAUAUAUAUAUAUAUGUCUUUUCAUUGCUGCAAAAAAACUGUGAAUGUUGUAUUCAAGAUUUAAAGCCAGUUGUGUACAUUCAGGUCAUUUGUGUCCAUUUUGUUUUUACUUCACAUCAAAAAAUAAUGUGUAUAAGUAUUUGCUGCUCAUUUUUUUGUAAAACGUCAACCAGUAUGUUAAAUACAAAAUGUAAAUAAAACCUAAUAUACAGGAUUUCUAA